AUACAUUGCUAUUUUAAAUAUUUAGAAACUUACACUUCUAACAUUAUUAAACUAUUUUAUUUACAAACUACGAUAUUUAUAAACUAUUUAUUUUAUUGAAACAUAUAUAUUCUUAUACAUAGAGAUACGCUAUCUAUUUGAAGCUUAUUGUAGGAAUUUUUCAGCAAGAAACACAAAUUGAUACAGGAAUUUUUGGUGCUUUCCGGCAAGACAUAGUUGAUACAAUGUAACACAGUUGUUGUACGCUGCAUAUGCUUUCUUAUAUUACGACAUAACAUGACGCAUUUCGACACGGCUACUGAGGAUAAUUUUCAGCAACUUACGUAGGCAAUACUCUGUAAUACAGUAUACGACUCAGUACUUUUCAACUAUGACACAAUUGUACACAUAUUUUAGCUGCCCAGUCAUCAAAAUGUUGACAGAAUGUUAGCAGACUGGCAACAGAAUAUUAGAAAAUGUUAGCAAACUAAACUUAACUGAGGCCUCAUUCUGCUAAUAUUUUGUUGACAUUUUACAUCAGCAAACUAGCAGCAAAAAUCGAGCAAACUUUAUUGCAAAGCAGCAACACCUGCUGCAUUUCUGCUGCCAAUCCGUCAGAUGUCAACAGGUUCUGUCAGAUUUUUGGCAACAAUUUAUUAACAUUGUUAGAUAUUAUAAAGUUUGUUAAAAAUCUGUUGCUUUCCUAGCAUCAGGUUCUGGCAGCAGAUCACAUUGUUUCUUCAGAUUUGACUAUCAGAGAGCGUUAAACAAGAGGGAGAGGGAUUCACUGUGUUACAUUACACUGUGUCCUUUGUGUUUCUUGUUGAAAAAGCAUCCAAACUGUCCAAAGUGUAUAGAACUGUAUUGAUUUGUAGUACAUAUACCCCAUAGUCGUAUCAUUCUAGAUAUCUAAAAGAAAACCAUUAUAAAAAAGAGGACUUGUGACAUAGCUGGAAAGCAUUGAGUCGUACACUAUGUUACACCAAUUACAUACGAAACAAUCACAUCUCUAUAGUUGAAAUGCUUGUAGUUUUAAAAUAAACAGCGCGUCUAUAAUGCGUUGUAUCUAAUAAAUAAUAAAUUAAAUUUGAGUCAAAACUACCUUAUAUGAGAUAUAAUUCGACAUUAUGAAACAAUGCGAACAUUAUUUAACAAUGCAUCAAAUUAAUAUAAAAAAGUUUAACUGUAUUAACUUAAAUAGCAUAUAAAAGCAGUUAAUCAUAUAUACUUUUUUUUUAUUUUUUUCAAACGUAAUUCUCUCUUUCUCUUCCCCGUCCCAUGCCCCAUCUUUCUCUCUCAUACUUCUACUUUCACGUAUCAUGAUCUAAACGCAUGACUGUUGGGACGUAAUAAGAGCUUUUGGAAGCCUUGAGCAAAUCUAUUUGCCAUCCCUAUUUAAGCCUUGAGCAAAUCUAUUUGCCAUCCCUUGUUGAAAAAGCAUCCAAACUGUCCAAAGUGUAUAGAACUGUAUUGAUUUGUAGUACAUAUACCCCAUAGUCGUAUCAUUCUAGAUAUCUAAAAGAAAACCAUUAUAAAAAAGAGGACUUGUGACAUAGCUGGAAAGCAUUGAGUCGUACACUAUGUUACACCAAUUACAUACGAAACAAUCACAUCUCUAUAGUUGAAAUGCUUGUAGUUUUAAAAUAAACAGCGCGUCUAUAAUGCGUUGUAUCUAAUAAAUAAUAAAUUAAAUUUGAGUCAAAACUACCUUAUAUGAGAUAUAAUUCGACAUUAUGAAACAAUGCGAACAUUAUUUAACAAUGCAUCAAAUUAAUAUAAAAAAGUUUAACUGUAUUAACUUAAAUAGCAUAUAAAAGCAGUUAAUCAUAUAUACUUUUUUUUUAUUUUUUUCAAACGUAAUUCUCUCUUUCUCUUCCCCGUCCCAUGCCCCAUCUUUCUCUCUCAUACUUCUACUUUCACGUAUCAUGAUCUAAACGCAUGACUGUUGGGACGUAAUAAGAGCUUUUGGAAGCCUUGAGCAAAUCUAUUUGCCAUCCCUAUUCCCGUUUAUCAAUCCUCGACGGACAAAUCCCAAUAUUAUUAUUCACAAUCAAAUGCGUGCGUCAAUUUGCACACACAUACGAAUAUCUAAUAUCUCUCUAAAAACAUUUCACGAAUAGAAGAAAUAAUUUAUAGUACUAUAUAAAAUGUACAACAUUAACAAGAGUCUUUUAUAAAUAGCUGGCAGCAGCAAAAAAAAAAAAGAUACGGAAUAUAUGAUAUACCGUAAAAUACAACGUCUGAUAACAUUGUUCAAUUUGCAACUUAUAAAAUUAUUGCCAGGAACCCUUCUCUUUAGAUUACUUAUCUGUUUCAAGUUAGCUUUGUCUUUUUUUCUCUCUCUCUCCCUCUUUACCUUAAUAAUGUUAAACGUAAAUUUGGCGAAUAACUCGGUUGCGUACUCUUCGGAAUGUUUUUCAGAAAAUAGUACGUUUUACAUGUAGUUCAUGAAAGAUAGGUAAGUAUUGAAAAUCAGUAAUGUGGAUUAAAAUGAAACGUCGAUCGAUAAUUGUAAUAUAUUGUAUGAAAAGCGAAGAAACACAGAAUUUUUUCUGAAAGAGGAUUCAAGACAAUUAUCGACGAGAUAGCGCAAAUAGAAAUUCUGUUGAAUUUUUAUUUGCACUAUCUCGUCGAUCGGAAAUUGACGCGAGUAUCUCAAGCUAAUCAUGGUGACCGUGCACGCCGGAGCUGCAUGGCAUGUGCCAAUAGCGUUUCGCGCGCUGGCGAAUCGCUAGCCGUCGCUACCAUGGUAUUCGCUACUCGGCGAAUCACCUCUCUUGCGGAGGCGCGUGAACAUUUUGGUUUCCCUUUUUCAAAAUUGUACCGUUAUCGAGGCGGCCGGUUAGCAAUGGGGAAGGAACUUUUCAGAAGGUGGGGAGUCUGUGAGUCUGCCGCGAUUUUCUCUCCACAUUCGAUCUUUGUCCUGCGAGCGAGUGACUUAGCCUAAGGUAAGUGUCCCUAUUAGUAUGCCUGUACCUAUUUGUGUGCCUUCGUAUUUAAAAAGGUUAUAAAAGAAAUUAACACAAUUUAAUAGAAAAAAAUUUUUAAUUAUUUAUUGGUUUUAUUUUCAGGAUACCUGCUGCAAUAAUGUCCAGUUCUGAAAGAGAGGAUGGAAGUGAUCACGAGACUAAGAUCGUGCAGGUGAGCAACAGUAUACCUAUUGCACUUUAUUGCAUAUUAAUUAUCGUUAAUUAAUCGGAAACCUUAUAUUUACUGUUUAAAUAUUUUCCGUUUUUUUCUUUGUUUGAUUCUUAUCGGAAUAAAAUUGUUCAUAAUAUGACGCUGCUUGUUAAAAAAUUAUUUAUAUAGCAUAUCAAUAAUCCAGAUUUACAAAAUAAACUUGUUUGUUAAAAAAAAUGUUUUGUUAUAUAAUGGUAAAAAUAUGUGGAAAAAUACGAGAAAAUUAUUAUUGCAGGUGGAGCAGGAGAUUGAUGUGCACCUGAAGCUUAAGUGUCUGUUGCACGUGGACGAGAACACAGGGAAGCCCGUGAGCAAGGAGUUGACCGCGAUAAAUUGUGAGCCCAUGAUAAUCGUGCCCAGGGAAAAGAGUGAGGACAGCUCGGCCGACAUAUUCGACAAGGCCAAUUCGUCGCCCGAUUCUGUAUACAGUAAUCCCCAGCUGUACGCGCUGACUCCGGCGAUUAGCAGAACAUCUGACCUGUCGUCAAUCAGCUCGUUCAGCUCGGCGUCCAGCACUGCCCUCUUGAAAGCCCUAUUGAGUCCGAGAAAGUACGCAAAGAAAUACUUCUCCCAGAAUACGAACAGGCAGAUGUUGACCAAUACGUACGAUCAUUUGACGCGCGAGUGGAAGAACCACCGUCUGCUGACGGAGACAAUUCUAAAUUAUACAAACGCAGAGCUAAGCAGUAUCACCACCAUUCCCGGUGCCACGAGUUCACCUGUGGUCGACAUUGAGAAUGUGAGCAAUGAGCGACUGGAUGAUCCUCAUCCUUAUUAUCAGUUGACCGUUAAGAGCGACAAUAUGCGCCCGUCAACAUUGGUGGAGCAGCCUGCGACGACCUCGAAGGUGGAACCAGUAACCGACAGCACGAGGAAGGGCAAGGCUGUGAAGAGGCCGAGCAGCAAACAAGUGAAAUCGGAUGUCGAUGUGCAGAUCGACAUAGAGAAUGACGGCAAAAUCUCAGACAAGCCGCACGCAUCGGAGUCGGACGCACCGUCGAGAGCGAAAAAGAGCAAGCCAGCGGAGCAAGACGACGCGUUAAACAAAGACAAGCCACGUUCCAAAAGACUUGAUGCGCUGCUCCUCUUGACCUCCGGUUCAUCAUCAUGUAUCUGCAAGUCGGAGUCCUCGGAGUCUACGGAAUCGGUCGGAUCGGAUAUCUCAAGCGAUUCGACUUAGUCGUUGGUUCAGGACCAUUAUGCUAUAAACGGUAUACAGAGAGAGAGAGAGAGAGAGAGAUAGAUAAUCAGUAUGCCGUAUGAGCAGCGCGUGAAAGGGCCGCCGAGCAAAAUCAAGAAUAAGAAGAGAACGUACAAACGACGGAUUCGUGUGGCAGAGAUGUCGUGAUCGUGCCUAUUGAGGAAUGCCUGUUGUCAAUAUCAAAUAAUGCAAAUCGGCAACAAAUGCCAGUACUAUCGACCACGUGGGUAGUUCAAUCUAUAAUUGAAGACAAGUUCUGCCCUCCAAAGAAUCAUCCGCGUUACAGACACAAUUAUUAGAAAAAUGGGCUUUUAUAUUAAUUAGAAACCCAUUGUUUUAUAAUCGUGAGUACGUCGUCUACAAUCGUGAGUACGUCGAUCAAUGUAGCUAGUACUAGAACAUAACAAAAAGGGGGAAAAAGGGUUUUCCAGCCUUUUUUCUCCCUUUUUGUUUUUCUAAAUUUGUUUACUUUCCACAACCGCGCGCUUUGCAUGAGACGGAAAAAUGUUUUUAAUCACGAGUCUUGAUAUUUUCUAUUUUAUUAUCCUUUUAAUAAUAUUAAUUUAUGUGUAUUUUCAAUACGCUAAGCAUUAUGUGACAUAUCUCGUUUCUAUCACUUUCUCGAGACAAAAAUUUCUUUCCUUUGCUAUCCUCCUCUCUUUUUACGUUUAUAUUAUACAUUCAAUUUAUUACUGAUCAUCAAUGUUACGCGUUUUGAUGUGAUAAUUUAUCUUCGCGCAAUUACUAUAUAUAAGUAAUACAUUCUCGUUCUGUAAAUUUUCAAUUUAGAACAAUGAUCUUGAUAUUUGUUUUACAUGAUCCUUCCAUAUGAGAAUAUUAAUGCGUAGCGAUAUACAUUUUCGUAAAGUUGUGUAUAAAAAUAGAUCGUAAGCAUAUAUAUAAUGUACAUACAUUAUAUACAUGAAUGUGAAUUAUUAUUAUGUGUAAAAUAUCACCAAGUGAUUCAUUGUUCUCUUUUACAAUAAUUCCAUCAUGAUCAAAUAAAUCGCGCUCAUAUUGAUAAGAAACGCAGAAUUUAUUUCACUCAAUGUGGUCAAACAAACGACAAAAUGUCACAUCAGUAAAUAAAGUCUUACUCCACUUUCCAUUAACUUUUAUAAAUAGGCGUCUACUGUAAUCGCUCAUCUACACUCGACGUUGGGGCUCCUGUCCUCUCAUCACGUGAAAUUAUAUUAGUAGCCAGAAUAAACAACGUGAUUUUUUUCUUUUUCUCUUUGCAAUGUAGAUUAUAAAUUAGUAGUAAAGAUAAGGUUCACGCAGUUCCCAGUUUCUGAUCUCUCAUAAUUCGUCACGUGCAGUAGGAGAGGAAUCAAGAACCUUAAGAGAAUAUUUUAAUGACAGACAAAGAGUUUUGACGAACGAUAACACGAUUGAUUAAUAUUAAUUCAAUAUGUAAAAAACUCCAAAUUUUUAUUAAAUUACCAUGUAGAUGUAUGCUUUUAUACACGCAAUGUAUAUAAGUUAUUUAUUAUACAAACGUGCAAUGUAUAUAAAUUAUUUUAUAUCACUACAUUAAAUUUUACAUUAUAAUGUCUAUAUAAAAUGUACGUUAUAGCUAUAUUAUGUACAAUCGUGUUCAGGAAUAAAAUAUAGUGAUAAUUUGACAAA